AUGGAUUACGGUAGGCUCGGUCUAGUUUUGGACAAAGAAGAACUCCUAUCACUAUAUGAGGGUGGAGGCAUUUGGUCAGGAAAUGGGUUACAUAGCUCUGGAUCAGUUUCAAGCAAUCACUCUAGAAGCAGCACCUCUAGCUAUGUCAAAACAUUUAAAUUUUCCCUCCCAUUAAACAGUUCUGUAUCCUGCGAGGACCUAGAAGGAGUAGGAUCAUUUAAUACCACCUGCUUGGUAAACUCAAAUCUGUAUUUAAAUUCUGAUCUUUAUAUUUAUGGAUCGGGAAACCUAGAAAUACUUCCGCAUGUUUCAAUUGCAUGCCCAAUAGAAGGAUGUGUGGUGACGGUUAAUAUGACUGGAAAUGUUAACAUUGGCCAAUAUGCAGCAAUUGUUGCUGGUUCAGUUGUUGUUGCUGCUGCCAACUUGACGAUGGAUAGUCACUCUUCUAUAAAUACAACAGCCUUGGGUGGAUCACCACCACCUCAAACUAGUGGUACACCAGUUGGGGAUGAUGGAGGUGGUGGGGGUCACGGUGGCCGUGGUGCUUCAUGUUUGAAAAGGAACAAAACAAGUAAUUGGGGUGGUGAUGUUUAUGCUUGGUCAACCUUGGCUGAGCCAUGGAGCUAUGGUAGUAAGGGCGGUGGCACAUCUUCUCUGAAUAAAUUUGGAGGGAAUGGUGGAGGACGUGUUAAGCUCCAAGUGAAGGAGAUAUUGUACUUGAAUGGAUCUGUCACUGCAGAAGGUGGGGAUGGGGGACUGAAUGGGGGAGGUGGGUCUGGUGGAAGCAUAUUUGUGCAUGCUGUGAAGCUGAAGGGAUAUGGAACUAUUAGUGCAGCAGGUGGAAGGGGAUGGGGCGGAGGUGGCGGUGGAAGAGUUUCUUUGGAUUGUUAUAGCAUACAGGAAGAUGUGAAAGUUACUGUGCAUGGUGGUUUGAGUAUUGGCUGUUCUGGGAAUGCUGGAGCAGCUGGAACAUUCUUUAAUGCAGAUUUACUUAGUUUAAGAGUGAGCAAUGACUAUGUGAUGACAGAAACAGAAACCCCUUUGCUCGAUUUUCCUACUAUGAGGCUAUGGUCAAAUGUUUUUGUGGAGAAUUAUGCAAAAGUUUUGGUUCCACUGGUUUGGAGCAGGGUUCAGGUUCACGAGACAUCUUCACCUAGGAGAUUUCAUGAACUUUUCUCCAGUAGACACUUUUUCCUUGGACUUCAAUAUGACAAAAUUGAAAGCAUAUUUUCUGUUGGCGGGGUUGUCAGAGGCCAGAUUAGUUUAUAUCGUGGAGGCAGCAUUAUCUUUGGAUUGUCUGAGUUUCCAGUAUCAGAAUUUGAGCUAAUAGCGGAGGAACUGUUGAUGAGUGAUUCUAUCAUAAAGAUAUAUCCUGUAUUUUCUGUUGAGGACCUAAAUCUACCACUUCCCAAAAUGAAGGUUUUUGGCGCAUUUAGAGUUUCUAUCAAAAUGCUGCUCAUGUGGAACUCCAAAAUUGAAAUAGAUGGAGGUGGAAAUACUGUUGUCACUGCUUCUGUCCUUGAAGUCAGGAAUCUGAUUGUUCUAACGGCAGGCUCUGUUGUCAGUUCAAAUGCAAACUUGGGGUUAUAUGGUCAGGGACUACUGAGGUUGACAGGUCCUGGUGAUGCAAUUAGAGGCCAGCGACUUUCCCUGUCUCUUUUUUAUAACAUUACUGUUGGACCUGGUUCUUUACUUCAAGCUCCGUUGGAUGAUGAUGCUAGCAGAAGUUUGGUUACAAAAUCACUUUGUGAGAGUCAUACAUGCCCAAUAGAUUUGAUAACUCCCCCAGAUGAUUGCCAUGUUAAUUACACACUGUUGUUUUCACUUAAAAUUUGUCGUGUUGAGGACCUCAUUGUAAAUGGCAUUAUAAAGGGGAGUAUUAUCCACAUCCACAGGGCGAGAACUAUCAUUAUUGAUCAUGAUGGCUUGAUUACUGCAUCGGAGUUAGGUUGCAGUGGUGGUAUUGGAAAAGGGAACUAUUCCAAAGGGGCUGGUAGUGGUGCUGGACAUGGCGGAAGAGGGGGUUCAGGUUGUUUUAAUGGGAUUGUGAGUAAUGGCGGCAAUAAAUACGGUAACGCUGAUCUUCCUUGUGAAUUGGGAAGCGGAACCCAAGGUCCCAAUCGGUCAUAUGGAAAUGUGAUUGGAGGGGGAAUGAUUGUGAUGGGCUCCAUCCAGUGGCCUCUGUUAAGACUCAACCUUUAUGGAUUUUUGAGGGUAGAUGGUCAAAGAUUUGAUAAAGCAUCAAUAAAUAGUAAUGCUUCUUUGAUUGGUGGACUUGGUGGAGGUUCUGGAGGGACGGUUCUUCUUUUCUUGCAAGAGCUUAUGCUUGCAGAAAACUCGUCUUUAUCUGUUCGUGGGGGCAAUGGUGGCCCUCUUGGUGGUGGGGGAGGUGGGGGUGGAAGAGUUCAUUUUCAUUGGUGUAAGAUAGACACUGGGGACAAAUAUGUUCCAGUUGCAAGUGUAAGAGGUUCAAUUAACAUAAGUGGAGGUGCUGGAGGAAAUGGUGGUCUUUUUGGGGAGGAAGGCACAGUCACUGGGAAAAAAUGCCCAAAGGGCCUCUAUGGUACAUUUUGCAAGGAAUGCCCUCUUGGUACUUUCAAAGAUGUUGAUGGCUCUGAUGAAAGCCUUUGCAUUCCUUGCUCUCUCGAUCUUCUUCCUAGUCGUGCAAAUUUCAUAUAUGUACGAGUCAAUGGUCAUUGCAGGGGGGUUAGUGAGCCAUCGUGUCCCUAUAAAUGCAUAUCUGACAAGUACAGGAUGCCAAAUUGCUAUACUCCUCUUGAGGAGCUGGUGUAUACAUUUGGAGGCCCUUGGCCUUUUUCCCUAAUUCUUUCUUUCCUUUUGGUGCUUUUAGCUCUAAUGCUGAGUACAGUGAGAAUCAAGCUGGUAGGAUUAGGUUCUUGUUAUGGUGCACGUUCAGUUGAGCACCAGCGUCAUCACCACUUUCCACAUCUACUUUCCCUAUCAGAGGUGCGAGGAACUAGAGCUGAAGAAAGUCAGAGCCAUGUCUACCGAAUGUACUUUAUGGGUCCCAAUACUUUUAGGGAACCCUGGCAUCUUCCUUACUCUCCUCCCAAUGCAAUUAUUGAGAUUGUGUAUGAAGAUGCUUUUAACAGGUUUAUUGAUGAUAUAAAUUCUGUUGCCGCAUACAAUUGGUGGGAAGGGUCGGUCCACAGCAUACUCUCAGUGCUUGCCUAUCCUUGUGCAUGGUCCUGGAAACAGUGGCGGCAGAGAAAUAAAAUUCAUCGACUUCAGGAAUAUGUCAAGUCUGAAUAUGACCAUUCGUGUCUUCGCUCUUGUCGAUCUCGUGCCCUAUACAAGGGGAUGAAGGUUGGAGCGACACCAGACUUAAUGGUUGCUUACAUUGACUUUUUCCUAGGUGGUGAUGAGAAGCGUUUAGAUAUAGUGUCUAUAAUACAAAAGAGAUUUCCCAUGUGCAUAAUAUUUGGAGGUGAUGGGAGCUAUAUGUCACCUUAUAAUCUAUAUAGUGACACGUUAUUAACCAACCUCCUUGGUCAGCAUGUCCCAGCAACUGUCUGGAAUCGUUUGGUGGCUGGUUUAAAUGCCCAGUUGAGGACUGUGAGGCAUGGAUCUAUCCGUUCCACUCUACUUCCUGUCAUUGAUUGGAUAUGUAGUCAUGGAAAUCCCCAGCUUGAGUUCCAUGGAGUUAAGAUAGAGCUUGGAUGGUUCCAAGCCACUGCUUCUGGUUACUAUCAGUUAGGUGCCUUAGUAAUGGUCGGUGAUUAUUCUCUCCAUUCUAUGCACCAGCCUGACUGUGUAGAUAAAAUCAGUGGUGAAUCAGCAAGCCAUCAUUCAUAUUACAGGAACAAUGCCUCAUGUACGAGCAGAAGUUUUAAGCAGCUGCAGCACGAGCGGCCAUACUUGAGUCAAGCUUUAUCUCGCAAAAAGAUGACUGGGGGAAUUAAUGGAGGUCUUCUGAAUGAAACUACCUUGAAAUCGCUGGAUUUUAAAAGGGACUUUCUCUUUCCACUCUCUCUCUUAUUGCAUAACACUAGACCUGUUGGCCGUCAGGAUACUCUUCAGCUUUUCAUUACAAUCAUGCUUUUGGCAGAUCUUUCUGUCACACUUCUCACAUUGCUUCAGUUCUAUUGGAUUUCUCUGGGUGCUUUCCUUGCUGUUCUGCUUGUUCUUCCUCUAUCAUUGCUAUCUCCAUUCCCUGCAGGCUUGAAUGCCUUAUUCAGCAGAGAACCUAGAAGAGCUUCCCUUGCUCGUGUAUAUUCACUCUGGAAUGCAACCUCUCUAUCUAACAUUGCUGUAGCUUUCACUUGUGGUAUUUUUCAUUAUGUAAUUUCUUCUUUCCGACCACCUGAUGAGGAAAACAUGUGGAACAUUAGAAGGUCAGGGGAAGAGGCUUUCACCUUUUGCGUCAGGCUGUUUCCGCAGGCGAUGGUAGUUGAAGAUACUGCUUGUUGCAGUCUUGGCUAUGUAAUGAGGCAUACCUCUUAG